UGCCGGCGCUGCUCCGCCUCCCGCGCCGCCGUUCCGGGAAGCCAGGCGCCCCCGCGGGGUCCCAGAGAGGGCCGGGUUCCGCUCGCCAGCCUCCGGGGGCCGCAUGGGGGGGUCGCCGGGAUGGCCGGCUGGGCGCCGCCGCAGCUGGAGGACUUCAUCCUGACCGAGAGGCUGGGCAGCGGCACCUACGCCACUGUCUUCAAAGCCUACAGGAAGAAGGACGUCCGGGAGGUCGUGGCCAUCAAGUGCGUCAGCAAGAAGAGCUUGAAUAAGGCGUCUGUGGAGAACCUCUUGACAGAAAUCGAGAUCCUCAAGACCAUCCGCCAUCCGCACAUUGUCGAGCUGAAGGACUUUCAGUGGAACAAGGACUACAUCUACCUGAUCAUGGAAUUUUGUGCUGGGGGUGACCUGUCUCGCUUUAUCCAUGCACGGAGGAUCCUGCCGGAAAAGGUGGCUCGCAUUUUCCUACAGCAAUUGGCCUGUGCCUUAAAGUUCCUCCAUGACAAGAAUAUUUCGCACUUGGAUCUGAAGCAGAACAUCCUGCUGAGCUCCUUGGAUAAGCCUCACCUCAAGCUGGCAGAUUUCGGAUUUGCGCAGCACAUGUCCCCAAGAGAUGAGAAGCACGUGCUGAGGGGCUCUCCACUCUACAUGGCCCCUGAGAUGGUGUGCAACCGGCAAUAUGACGCCCGCGUGGAUUUGUGGUCCGUGGGGGUGAUUCUCUACGAGGCUGUGUUUGGCCGGCCACCUUUUGCCUCCAAGUCGUUUACUGAGCUGGAGGAGAAGAUCCGCAGCAACCAACCCAUCGAGCUCCCCAGCCGCCCCCGCCUCUCGCUGGAGUGCCGGGACCUCCUCCAGUGCCUGCUGAAGAGGGACCCCCAGCAGCGCCUCUCUUUCCAGGAGUUCUUUGCCCACCCCUUCGUGGACAUGGAGCACAUGCCCGGCUUGGAGAGCCUGGGCAAAGCGUCGUCUCUCGUGACGGAAGCGAUAAAGAAGGACCAGGAAGGCGACGCUGCUGCCGCCCUCUCCCUCUACAGCAGGGCCCUGGAGUACUUCGUCCCCGCCUUGCGCUACGAAGUCGAUGUCCGCAGGAAGGAGGCGAUCCGAUCCAAGGUGAGCGAAUACAUUUCCCGAGCGGAGCAGCUCAAAGCACUGGUUGCUUCCAGCAACAAGGCCCUCCUUCAGCAGGGCUGCCCUGCCAGGGACAUCUUGAAAGAGAUGUCCAGGGAUAAGCCUCGCCUCUACGCUGCUCUGGAGGUGGCGUCGGCCGCUGUUGCUAAGGAGGAGGAGGGCAAAGAUGACGGCGAAACCCUUGAUCUCUACCAGCAGAGCUUGGGGGAGCUGCUGCUCAUGUUAGCUGCUGAGCCAGCGGGAAGGAGACGGGAGUUGCUGCAUGCAGAGAUCCAGACACUGAUGGGCCGAGCGGAAUACCUGAAAGAGCAGAUCAAGCCAGGCUCCUCUUGCGCCCUCAUGGAGACCAGAGGAGACAACCCGCCUCCCUCUCUUCCUUCUCCUUUUCCUCCAGAUGAAGGAGUCGCAGUGGGAAGCGGAAGCCAUUGGCAAGGAGGGGAUGCUGGACUCUGUGAGAAGCUCCUGUACCUUGCAGUAGUUGCCUGGAUGGUGCCCAAUGGAUUCAGGCCCUCGAGCCCCACGAACAACAGACAGCCCUCUGGCCUGGACACAGUUUAUGCAUUGAAGAUUCACGGUGGCUGUUGGCAUGGAAUUGGGUUUGGGUUUUGAACACACACACACACACACACACACACACGGAGGGAGCAUUCUUUGUUAAGUGUGAGGUUAUUUAAACGGUCAUUGCUUGUAUAGUGUAAUUAAUUUAUAUACUGCAAAUGGUAAUUUUGUUGAGCAGCGUUAAGUCUAAGCGGAGGCUCCUCUAAGCGUUUUAAUGUACAGGAAUUAAGCUCAGGGCAACCACAUGCCCCUCUCAGGAGAUGCAAAGCAUGGAAUCAAGAGGGGGGCUUUCGAGGGUCCGAUUGUAUGGGGAGGGUCUUUGCUAUAAGUGUUGGGGUUUUAGGUUCUCUGGUAGGGGGAAGAGCAGAGCUCACACUGAGCACUUUACUGUCUUCACCUAUAAACUGCUUUCUACUUCA